AAAGAGUUCCGUUUAGAUUUUUAUGGUUUAUUAUGACUGAUUCUUUCUUUGUUUUAUCUAGAAAAGUAUGCAGCAGCAGCAAGAUGAAUACUUGGCAGUCACAUCGUCUUCGCCGAAACCGCAUAAUUCGUUUAACAAUCUUUUAGUUUCCAUGGUAUCCAGUGGCAUCAAUAUACAGGAAUUAAAUUCUGCGUUAAAUAGGUAUAACGAGCUCUUGGACGAAAAUAAGAACAAGAAACAAUUUGUAUUUGAAACUUAUUUAAAUUCCAAAAUUCAUAAAUUGGAAGCACUGGAAAAUGAUGUAAAUCUCGAAUACGUAAAUAAAAUGCACAUGGGAGCGACGUACGGUUUCAAAUCACUUUCCUACGAAGUUGAAACGUGCUACAAGGAAGCAUUUGAUUAUUUACAAAAGAUACAAACAGAUCUAACAAGUAUAGAGAGGUAA